GUGGAGUUGACUAUAAAAGCGGUCAGCACAAAUCAGUUAGAUAUCAUUCGCAGUUCAGAACUCGUCCUAGUUGCAAAGCAAAGCUUGCUAAAAACAACCAACAACCCAAUCUAAAAUGGCUUUCUUCAAAUCGCUUGUGUGCCUGGCUGUGCUCGGAGUUGCCGCCGCCGGUGUGGUCCCGCUCGCCACUGAAUACCAGGGAGACUACUACGCUCACCCCAAAUACUCCUACAACUAUGGUGUUCACGAUAGUUUGACCGGAGAUGUCAAGUCGCAGGUCGAGAGCCGCGACGGUGAUGUCGUGAAGGGCCAGUACUCCCUCGUCGAGCCGGACGGUUCCGUGCGCACCGUCGACUACACCGCCGAUGACGUGAACGGAUUCAACGCCGUCGUCAGCAAGUCGGCCCCGUCUGUCCACGCCAAGACCGUUGUGGCCCAUGCCGCCCCGGCCGUCGUUGCCCACGCCGCCCCGGCCGUCUACGCCUCGCACGCCGCCCCGGCCGUCUAUGCUUCCCAUGCUGCCCCGGCCGUCUAUGCUUCCCAUGCUGCCCCGGCCGUCUACGCUAGCCACGCUGCCCCGGCCGUCUACGCCGCCCCGGCUGUCGUCUCCAAGACCGUCGUCUCGCACGCUGCCCCAGCUGUGUACGCCAGCCACGCUGCCCCGGCUGUGUACGCUAGCCACGCUGCCCCGGCCGUCUACGCCUCGCACGCCUAUGCCCCGGCUCACGGAACCGUCGAGUACCACGGCAAGGCCGCCGCCCCUCUGGCUUACUACCACCGUACCGCGUCUGAAGGUGUGGAGGUGGUCCGCUGGUGCUUUUGGAAGGGGAUCGCGUCGACAGCGUCGGUGGCGUCCAUCGAUUGCAGUACCGCAAGACUAUAUAAAACCAAAAUUACCAACCAACAACCGUACAGUGUCUCGUCAAGCCACGCUCAGCAUAGAUCAGCCAUCCGCUCCAAGUGCUCAUCCCCAGCCCAGUGCAGUAUUGCAAGUCUAGUUUGUGUUGUGAAAAGUUGCCGUAAAAACAUAAUUUGUUUAAAAAUGGUUGCUCGCGUCUGUGCUACACUGCUGCUGGCUUUGGCCAUGUUCGGAAGCAGCGCUCUGGCCCGCCCGGGAUACGCUGUUGAUUAUUAUGAUCAUCCCAAGUACGCGUUCAACUACGGUGUGGCCGACCACAGCACCGGCGAUGUGAAGUCGCAGCACGAAACUCGUGACGGAGACGUUGUCAAAGGACAAUACUCCCUGGUCGAGCCGGACGGUUCCGUGCGCACCGUGGACUACACCGCCGAUCCGAUCAACGGAUUCAACGCGGUAGUGUCGAAGACGGCCCCGCUCGUCCACGCUCACGCCCCCGUCGUCAAGCACGUCGUCCCGGCGGUGAAGGCCGUCCACCACGUGCCGGCCGCUCCCGUCGUACAGAAGGUCGUCUACGCUCACGAGCCACUCCUUCACGUAGCCAAGACGGGUCACUACACCGAGCACGCUCCGGCCGUCCACUACGGUGACUACGAUGGAUACUACGGACACUACGAUGAUAGCCACUACUACUAGGAAUCUCAAAGCGAGUGCGAGCUGGGCACAUUCGAUGAAUCGGCGUUGGAACCAUCAUACACCGGAGAGAAAUGAUUGAAUGCAAAUCAGGUGCCUUUCCGGGGGAGGAUGACGCUGACGCCGCAGCGAAGAUGAGCCCGGCAACACCUCACAUCUUACACAUGUUUCACAUUUUACACCCUCACACAACCAGUAUUGCAUAAUUGCAUUAGUUUGUAUGAUAUUAGGUGCGUAAGUCUGCCGGCAGGAGAGCGAAAAGUGCAGGGAAGAUGCCGCCGCAUGUAAAUAAUAAAAUAACGAGGAUGCUGUUGAUAACUGCCUCUUAAAUA